AUGUGGCGAUAUUUGCCAGUCGGCGAUCUGCUUGUAGACGUCAUGAUCAGUCGUGACUUGGAUUCACCUCUCACUCAACGUGAACGUGCUGCUGUCGAUGAAUGGCUUUCUAUGAAGGUUAUCUUUCAUGCCAUGAGAGACCAUCCUCGUCAUAAUACUCCACUGAGAACAUUCAAUCAUCCAACUCUAUUGUGCAAAUAUGAUCAAGAGGCCAAUACUGAAUUUGUACCACCAGAAAUGCGCUCGUCAGUGAAAAAUAGCUCGAUAUGCUAUGCAGUGGCCGACUUAUUGACCAUUACAGAAUGGAAACAAGAAAAAGUAUUGAAUAGAACUUAUCGACAUCCUGUACACUUGAUCAGUCAGUGGUAUCAAGAAAUGAACAUCCGUAGACGUCGCGAACUCAUCAAUGUUUUACAUAUGAAUGUGAUCAACGAAGCAGUGACAAAUAUUCAUCUGCUUCAACCAUACAAUGCGCCUUGUACUGUUGAACAUGAUGUUCAAGUUGAUCCGAGCUUUCCGUUUGCUCUUUUCAAAUCCAAGUUGAUAAUUCGAUCUCUUAAAAAAUCAUCAUCUGAGCGCUUGACUAUCCAAGAAGCUAUCGAUUAUGCCAAUGAAAAUAUCUAUUCAGGCUAUGCUAUUCUCAUCAAUUUGGACAUUUUCUUCGAUCGAAGUUUGACACUUUUACGAAACUCUCGGAUGAUUGACUGUAAGAUGGCUUUUUAUCUUUCUCGAUACGAGAUCGAUCCAAACAUCACCACACUCGGUCUUCAAUGCUCGAAGAAAUAUGUGGGUAGUCAUGACGUUCUUAUCUUUCAUCCACCGAUGCCAUCGAAUAUUUCUCGCCAACUGCCAUUCGAAAUGGGCACAUGGAAUGUAGAAAUGAAAGUUGUUUAUGAACUCAUUCAGCAUGGUUACACUGUGCGAAACGUCUGCAAGUCAUUGCGCGCAUGGCAUUUGCAUUCUAGUCAAGUGCGACAUCGCAAAAUGCCUUGGAAUAAGAUCAUAUCUCACAACUUACUCCACUUGACUCUGCGCUAUCCUGAAACUCUAUAAAGAUGAUUUAACAUACAAAUUUGUUAGACUAUUCAUACCAUUAUAUUCUAUUAUACUUUUUUCACCAACCACUUCAUUCAUUUAAUCUCAAUAGCAAAACUUCAUUGAUAUUGAGAAAAAUUUAAUGUCCUUUUUUUUCUUACAGUUUUCUUUUUCUCAAAUUAAGCGACGUUACUUUUGUUUGAUAGCAAGUAACCCUGAACACAUUUGAUAAUUUUCUGUUUAGUUAUAAAAAGUCGAGCACAUCUUGUAGCGCAAUGAAGAAUUCAAUAUUGUCAUUAUUCGAUGUAGAUCAAAUAAAAAAACCAUCAGAUUUAAUUGAAAAUUUUUAUUAUAUUCAGAUUCACUUUAAUACUGGAAGACAGGAAAUCUUGUUCGUUAGUAAAUGAAUAAAAAUUAGCUUUAGCUGACAUUCAUUUAAAUAUACUCGGUGACAUAUAUUCGUUUGGACAAAUUG